UCGUCACCGUACUCCUAUAUAACCUAUCCUAUAUAUUCGCAGCAUGUAUAAGCCGUGCAGAUUUGCCCGCACACGAGUGGUCGAGUUUAUAUACACUAACCAUCGCACGCAAUAGCACGCAUAUACACACACCAACAUGCGAAUACUGGAGUGUGCGUGUCCGCUCGCUUGACGUAUUAUAUUUACUCGUCGUAUCGUCGGGCAAACCCCAUCGAUGGCCUGUAUAGUAUACAUUCGUUACAAUCGUAAACCGUCGACGUCCACGAGGUGAUUUGCUUGACACUGCUCUUUUUUGCAUAUUUGCAGACUAUUGAUCAUCACCAUGUCUAUCGAACAAGUAACAAAGGCAUUCCAACAUUCAUUAGUGUUAGAUGAUUUUGAUGACGACGAAGAAAUAUAUUUAAUGGAAGUUCCUAAAACAUUUGAUCCAAAACUUUUAAAAGGACAGACACUACGAUUUGGGGAAAAAUCCAAAUUAAAAAUUGGAGAAGAUAAAUAUUAUGCCACACAAAAGGAAAAUAAAUCCAACAUGACAUUUAUUUUAAGUACUGGAAAAGAAGAAAAUGAAUACAUGGCUGUCAAUAUAAAACCAGCCGGAACAUUAAAUAUAAGAAGAAAAUUACCAAAUCCGGGAAAAGAAGUUGUACCCACUGAAGUAUCAAAUAGUGUUCCAUUUCCAAAGGAGAUUAAGACCAGACAUCCAUUUUUUGGUGUGCAAGCUGGAACAUCAUACAUAAAUAUAAAAACUGAAAGAAAUUCUUAGUAAUGCUUAAAAUACAUAAUAUUAAGUUACUUAUUUAGUUUCAAGUUGAUUUAAGUAAUGAAUUAAAUGACAAAAAAUUAGUCAUUCAAAUAUUGUACAGUAAUUUGUAAGCAAAUAACAAAUUGAAAUAAUGUAAAUAUUAUGUCUGUCGAGUACACAAAUAUUUGUGUAACUAAGUAAAUGAAUUGACACUAUGCAACAGACAGAAUUGAACAAACAGAUGAAAAAAAAUGAUUAUUGAAUAGCAUUUUUUAUAUUUGUUAUAAAACUGAGAAUAAAAUUUUUGAGA